AUGGUGGUGCCAUAAAAACGUGACUAGUUUAAAGGUGUGUCUUUUGACCACAUCAUCAGCACGGUUUGGGGGUAUUGCAGAUUUUGCUGCGGUGAAUUUUCUAUUUCAGUAAGCUACACCUGCCACUGAAUUAAGGAAAUCCAAGACGCUGUUUGCCUUCCACACACUCCUAACAUCUAACACACAAGACGCCAGCACUUCCAAAGGAAAGAUGCCAAACCCACUGGAAAGAAUAGUGGCAGAAAAAAAAGAAGUGAUCGAAACGGCGAUGGAAAUGUUUGAGAAAGGAGCCGAGGUUGUAGCCAGCGCCGUGGGAGAGAUAUUUCCUAUCUGUGAGGUGGCGGCACCAGUCCUAAGACUGGCCUUGGAUAAAGUGGAAAGUAAAGAGGUCCACUAUGUAAAAGAACAGUUUCAAGUCGUGCGCAAUAAAUUAGAUGUAAUAUCUGAUGAGGUAGAGGUCAUUAAUCAAGAGAUUAAAAAGAGUUUAGUGGAUAGCAAAUACUUUGAAGUGGAGGAAAAUCUACAAAACCAGUUCCGGAAGUAUAUGGAUAUCCUAAACGCUAAACCGCAGUUUAAGGAGGUCAAGAAGAAGCUGUUUCUUGACCACUUCAGCCGGACGGGGGGUGAGAUGAACCUCCUUCUGCUCUAUGAUGCUGUGAUGGGCCACAACGUCUUUGGUGAGUCCGUUCUGGAGAUUGCCCUGAAUUACGAAGGGAAAAAUCGCCGCGUUCUAGAAGAUCUUUUCAUGCGUCUCAAAGAGCUCUUCUGCAUCGGCCUGAUCGCUUUGCUCGGACACGCAGCCGUAACUGACGGAGACGAUGAAUCGCUGAUCGAAGAAUGGAAUGGGAAAAUGCUGGAAGUGGAAACCAAAAUGAAAUCACUGAUAGACGAAUGCAUUGACGGUUUUGCGGAGCAGGCUCAAGUCGACACUGAGAAACUGAUAAAGGAAAAGAACAUGAUGGACAACCAAGAAACCGCCAAAGAGAUCCACGGUUUUUUAAAGAGGAAAUACGACUGGGUGAAAUGGUCGGUCCGCGUUUACAAGCAUUCAGGCAGCAGCUUCAGCAACUGGAGAGCGGGCGACAACUAUCACUGUGUGACUGGAAAACACUGCUUUGAUUUGUUGCAAGUCAACAACAGUAAUGUGGUUGUGUCCUACAGUAGCAAUCCUCUACCUGUUGAGAAAGAUCACAUCCGUCAGUUAGUGGAAGGACAGUACAAGAAAGAUGAUGCCAUGAAUGUAGCCGAACAUCUUUCUAAUGACGUGCCUGGGUGCGUGGUGCAUGCUGUUAGCCGCUAUAAGGAGAUAUGGGCAUCAUGGAAUUUUCCAGAUGAGUGUCAUUAUUGGGAAAAACACAAAAAUGUCUCUCUGUGUGUCCAUUCAGAAUAAUUACUCACUUCUAUGAUCUCAGCCUUCACAGCAAUUCUUCCUGUAAUAAUACCCCUCAUACAAGUUUUCCAUUGUAAAAGCAUUGUAAAACGCACAUUAUUAUUUUAUUAUUAUUUAUUUCUUAGCAGACGCCCUUAUCCAGAGCGACUUACAAUUGUUACAAGAUAUCACAUUAUUUGACAUACAAUUACAUUUAUUUUUUACAUAUUAUUGGGUUUUUACUAGAGCAAUCUAGGUAAAGUACAGCAGCAGCAGUGUCCCCCACCUGGGAUUGAACCCACGACCCUCCGGUCAAGAGUCCAGAGCCCUAACCACUACUCCACACUGCUGCCCACAUAUGGAAUAUUAAAAAACAUGGCAAACCAUCGUAAACUAAUGCAUAGUAUAAACAUGGGAAACUUGCAAAAUUAUUGAGCAAAUUUACAGUGGAAAACUUUUAUAGGGGACUGUGGAAUGGUGUGGUGCAGAGAAACAAGCUGAAGUCCAAACAGUUUUAAACAAAACAACCAGGGUUGUUUUUUUACUUCUUUUCUUUUUUCAAUUAAGCCCAAAUGGGCUGAGGGAGGGCAGGUGUGCUCAAACGCACCAAAACCAAAUGAAAUGGUAAAUUAUAUUCCAUGACCUCUGUUUACGUCCUCUGUCAUUACAAUCGUCCCGUCCCUCUAGUCUCCUUGUCAUCCCAGACACCCCUGUCUGUGCUUAGUCUGAGGGGGCGCAGAAGAGAAAUAAGAACACACACACACAACUAAACAUUAAUUUGUCUCCCGCUGUCUUGCAACACCAAAAUCCUUUGUUGUGAGACAGCGCGCUUCCCUUUCGUACCCAGAGCCCCGCCCCUGUAGUCAGCCAAACACCAAUCCCGAUAAGACUAGAGUGGGAGGGACCUGUGGACUUGCGUCGUCUUCCCUCACCAAGAUGACUGCCUCCAAGUGUGAUAGAGAUCGCGGUCCAGCGGAUCCUGGUAAGGGAAACCUCCAUCUGGCUCAGCGCCCUCUAGUGUCGGGAGGUCAAAUUACAGACCGGACCCUCCUUUGGCCAUCACAUGGACAGAAAGUAGUAGGCAGUAGUCUGAACUUUCAAUGUUCAUAAUCAUUGACCACCACCAUAUGUUAAAAUAAUGUGUUUGUGAUUGAAUUAAAUUUUGUGAAAGAUGCAAUGUAAUAUAAUUGCUGAUGUAAUGUAAUUGCUGUUUUCAUCCCUCUUACUAUUCUAUGACGUUUAUGACUGGGUUCUGUGCUUCAAUAUUGAGUUGCUGUCCUUUUCUCUAAUUCUUUAUCUGGCUUUAAGCUCGUCUGGAGGAUCCUAUAUGCUGGGACUGAACAGCCAUCCUUAUUCUUUUCAAAUCAUAUGGUCUUCUAUGACUCUAAUCAUAUGUAGAGUCGGUGGGGCUGGCAGAGUUGAAAAGUCCCAAGGUCACAUGAUCUGAAUUGAAUGAGGAAGGCUGUUUAGUCUCGGCACUUAGGAUUCUACAGACAAGCUCAAGUAAAGGCAGAUUUAGUGAAAAUAACUAAAUAUUAGCAAGAACCCACCCAGUCAUGUAAUAAUGCAUUGGGUAAUGUCUGUUUCUGUAUUGCUGCUUGAUGGUCAAUUUUACCAACCGAUAUCCCAAUGGUAUAAGCAACAACUUGACUUUUACAGCACUGUGGAAUCACCCUGGAUUGCAUCAACCACAUAUCCAUGGUUUUUCAGAAUGGUUGACAUGUCGUUUACAGAAUGCCAGGUUUCAGCUAGACAGAGAAGAUCAAGAUUGGCAUCAGUUAUAAGUUCAUUGAGGAGCAGAGAUUUGUUGGUCAGAGAAUGACCAUUGAAAAAGGAGAUUUUCUUAUUUGAAGCAGGCAGUGUAGGGGGAGAAGGAGUUAGUAACAGUAUCUGCAGCAGGUACUUACCAGUGUUCAUUCCAGGAGAGGAGAAAGAGUGAGCAUGCUUUGUCCAGGGGAUCCAGACGUUAGGAAUGAGGUCUCUAGUAGCCAUUGGAGGCUGCCACAGCUCAGACUGCCCUUGGACGUGUGGCCCUUAGACUGCCACAGCUCAGACUGCCCUUGGACGUGUGGCCCUUUGACUGGCUGGCGCUUAGAAUGGCUGGCCUUCUAAGACACUGUUUGCCAAUUUAUACUGUCCUGCAGGUCUAGAGCUGGUCCAGUUUACAUGCUAUCAAAAUUCACUUCAAUCUACCACAGCUCUGAGCACUUUAGAAAAUGAAUUACUUCAACCAGCUGAUGUAGUUACAUCAGCAAACAAGCAUUCAAAUGUACUUACAAUCGCUAUUUUGAUUCUAACUACAAACAGCAACAGAAUCCACAUACUAAGCAGGUCAGUCGCUUGAAUCACCUCAUCGGAUCAGUAGCUAAAACACAGUACAGAGGCGCUAAUGUGGAAGCAAGUUAAUACAUUUCCAAAUAUCCUUUACACUCAGCUGUUCAAAUUAGGGUGCUUUGUUUAUUGAAAUGUUUCUUCUCUAGUUAAUUCACACUAGAAGAACAUUUUUAUGACAAGAAAUGUACUAUAAGUGACUGCUGAAUUUGGCCGGGACUGUGGUAUUAGGAAAUUCGUCUUACACGACUUUGUUUUAACGUCAAUUGACCGUAUUUUUCAGCAUAUUCCUGGUUGUUUUGAUAUUUUUAUGAACACAUCUUAGGUAAAUCAACUAAGGAAAACCUUUGUUGAACUUUUUCCAGGAGAAUUUUUUUUUUUUUGUAAACAUCGCAGUGUAUCUAGUUCAUCCCUCAGUCCAGCAGCAGUGCUUGUGGUUGAAAUGAGCGAUGUAUUGUGGGAACAGAAAACCAGCCUUGUUGCAGGAGGGAGUGUGAUCUGGAUACACAGCGGCCCUUUCUCCUGUCGAACGCUCUCCAGUAAAUGUUGCGAAAUGGACUGAUUUAUAACGCAUGAUGUGUGAUUAAAAGUUUCAAAUAAGUCGUUGAUAUCUUUAAAAAAUAUCGCGCUGCAGUGCAGACAGCACGGGACAGAGCGACGUGAUAUAAUACGUCUCUUGUUUCUGCAGAGAGUUCUGUAACACUUCAAUUCUGUAGUGCUGUAGACAAAUGCAAUCCAGCUGUGGUUUAUCCCAUGAAUAGCUUCUGCUAGUCAGUAUUAGUAUGGGACAAAUAUUGAACUUUCAUAUUCAUUUUAACACUGAGAUUAGCGUGAUCAGUGUGACGGGAUGUAGCAUGUAGCUGUUGUAUCUGUGUCUUGUGAAAUGCAUCAAUCUUAAGCCUGCAUUAUUUGCACUACAGGUGUACGUUUCUAGAAGUUGUUUGAAACAUGUUAUAUUAUAUGAAGAUAUAUGACUGCUUAAAGAAACUAGAUGUGUUGUACUUCAAACCAGUGCAUAAAUAAAUCCAGUAUAAAAACCUG